AGUUGCUGAGUGCAGAGUCUGCACGGGGAAAGUUCUAGGUCCUGGGAUCCUCGCAGGUGUCAUGGCUCAGUAGUUUAUCUUUAAAACUUACUUUUUUUGGUGCUCGGUCUUCAGAGGGAUUAAUUCUGCCACGUGUUAGGAGUUUGAGGCUCUCGCCCUAGCAAGGCCCCUUGCACUCGACUCGUCUGUCUCUGAUUUCCGUGCCGUUCGUUGGGAGACUCCCCUCCCGGGGGCGACCUUCCCUCUGAGACUCCAGAGCCCUCCACGCUUGGGUCUCCGUCCCCGGUGGGGAACCCAACCCACCCGGGAGCGAGCGGAAAUGAAGCUGGACGACACCUCCCCGCCCUCCGAGGGCUCUGCCCGCACCCUCGAAAAUUCCCUCUCCAAGAUUCUGCACGGUCUUAGCCAGGCGUCAGGCCGGGGCCACGCCAGACCCUCCGUCCUGCACGACCUCAGUGCUUUAAUCGAGGCCGCCGAUGGGAACGAGUUAUUUGUGGGGAGUGGGACUCGGGGGAUGCCCGAGGUCCUGGGACAGGUGGCGAAGGCCCUGGAGAAGUUCGCAGCCCCGCCCCAGGAGAAGACAGAGGGAGGCGAUGGCCAUUCCGAAGUGCCCGAGAAGGCAACCGAAGUCGGGCUACUGUUUCUCAAGCUGCUGGGGAAGGUGGAAAGUACUGCAAAGAGUUCUCCCGUCUGCCCUGCGUGGAAGACAGGCCUCCGCCACUUGGCGGGACCCGUGUAUGUUUUUGCCGUCACACACAGACUGAAGCAGCCCUGGACCAGUACAAGAUCUCAGCAGGUGGCUGAUGAGGCGCUGUCCUUACUGCUUAGGGUUACGGAGUGCAGUUCUGUGGCAGGAUUCUUAUGCGGGGAAAAUGAGGAUGACCGAGGGAGAUUUGCUGCGGUCUUGGGGCUUCUGAAACCCCAUUUGAAUAAGGAAUCCUGGAAGAAUAAUCCCGCUGUUAAACAUGUUUUCUCCUGGACUCUGCAGCAGGUCACGCAGCCCUGGCUGAGCCAGCACCUGGAGAAGAUACUUCCUCCGUCUUUGAUCAUCUCAGAUGACUAUCAGACAGAGAAUAAAGUCCUGGGUGUGCAAUGCCUCCAUCACAUUGUGAUUAACGUGCCCGCUGCUGAUUUGCUGCAGUACAACAGAGCCCAGGUCCUGUACCACGCCCUUUUCAACCACUUGUACAUGCCAGAGCACCACCUCAUUCAGGCUGUGCUCCUGUGCCUCCUAGAUUUAUUCCCUGUCCUAGAGAAAGCUCUGCACUGGAAGGGAGAUGCAGCUCGAGCCACUGCACACUGUCAUGACGUACUUCAACUCAUCCUCACCCACAUGGAGCCAGAGCAUCGCCUUCUCUUACGUAGGACGUACGCCAGAAACCUGCCCGCCUUUGUGAAGAAGUUGGGGAUCCUAACUGUCCGGCACAUGAAGAGGCUGCAGCAAGUUAUUGUUGGUUAUCUGGAGGUUUAUGAUGGACCAGAAGAAGAAGCAAGGUUGAAGAUACUGGAAACCCUGAAACUUGUCAUGCAGUAUACUUGGCCCAGAAUUUCCUGCAGAGUUGUGGUCUUGCUGAAGGCUCUCCUGAAACUGAUAUGCGAUGUAGCAAGGGAUACAAGCCUCACAUCCGAGGCAACUAAGAGCACCCUGCUCCAGGAAGCCACAGACUGCCUGAUUCUUCUGGACCAUUGUUCUCAGGGGCAAGUGAAGGGUCUUCUGUCUAGAAUCGUCCUGUCCUGUGAAGACAGCACAGUGGUGAGCUGCAUCAGUAAAGUGCAGCAGUGCUCUGCAGGUGUCCCUGAGUGACACCAUGACCAACCAGCAAGGAAGGGUGUGGAUGGAG